AAAGAAAUCCUUAACACACCACUGUUGACAGUUCGUGAGGCAUCUGUGGAGGAUCUUCUCUUGACAGAACCCGAACCAGACCAUCCUGGGAAGUGCCAAGUCACGGGAGUCAUUCUGGGAGAUGGGAGCACAGUACACGCAGAGAGUGUUAUCCUGACCACCGGUACGUUUCUGAGGGGGAUGAUCCUCAUCGGACUGGAGAUGCACCCGGCUGGGCGGCUAGGGGACAAGCCAGCCAUUGGGCUGGCUCAGACUCUGGAGAAACUGGGAUUUGCUGUGGGCAGGCUGAAGACUGGGACACCGCCCCGACUUGCCAAAGAUACGAUUGACUUCAGUGGACUGAAGGAACAUAGAGCUGACAAUCCUCCAGUGCCGUUCAGCUUCCUCAGCGAGGCGGUGUGGAUCAAGCCAGAAGAUCAGCUGUCAUGUUACCUGACUCACACUACCCUGAAAGCCCAGCAAAUCAUCCAUGAUAACCUCCACCUGAACAACCAUAUACGGGAGACGACAAGGGGCCCACGGUACUGUCCCUCUCUUGAAUCAAAGGUUCUGCGCUUCCCAAACCGAGAACAUCAGGUGUGGCUGGAACCCGAAGGCUUGGAGUCCAAUGUCAUUUACCCCCAAGGCAUGUCCAUGACACUGCCACCUGAGCUCCAGGAGCAGGUGAUCAAAUCUGUCCCAGGCUUGGAAAAAGCAAAGAUGUUGCAGCCAGGCUACGGGGUGCAAUACGAUUUUUUAGAUCCCCGUCAGCUGACAGCUUCUCUCGAGUCUCGUCUCGUUCAGCGCCUCUUCUUUGCAGGCCAGGUAAAUGGCACGACGGGCUACGAAGAAGCUGCAGCUCAGGGCGUGAUCGCUGGGAUCAAUGCUUGCCUGCGGGUUCGGGGCAAGCCCCCUUUCAUCGUCAGUCGCACUGAGGGCUACGUCGGUGUCCUGAUCGAUGACCUGACCACGCUGGGCACCAGCGAGCCGUACCGGAUGUUCACCAGCCGCGUGGAGUUCCGCAUGUCCAUCCGGCCUGACAAUGCCGAUGCCAGGCUCACCCACAGAGGUUUUGAGGAAGCUGGGUGUGUGUCACGGCAACGGUACGAGCAAGCGGUUAAGAUGAGGGCAGCUUUAGAGGAUGGAAUUGCAACACUGAAAUCCCUUCAGUUCAGCAUAUCCAAGUGGUUGCAGUUAAUAUCAGAAGUUCCCAUCAGUAGCAGUCGGAGGUCACCUGCCAGUGCAUUUGACAUCCUUCAAUAUCCAGAGGUCAACAUGGGAAUUCUGGCAAGGGCUAUCCCAGAUCCCCUGGGAAAGCUUACUCAAUGGAGAGAACUGGCAGAGAGAUUGAAAAUAGAAGCUGCUUACGAGUGGUGUGUCCUCAAUCAGCAGCAGGAAAUGGAAGAAGUGCGUCGUGAUGAAGCCCUCCGGCUGCCAGAGGACCUGGAUUACUUUGCCAUCGACGCAUCGCUGUCAGCAGAGGUGCGGGAGAAACUGGAUUCCACCCGUCCCCAGACGAUUGGUGCACUCAGCCGCAUCCCUGGAAUUACGCCAGCUGCUAUUGUCAACUUGCUAAGAUUUGUGAAAACCAGUCACCAGAAGACAGAGAAGCUAAAAGCAUUCCCUGAGACUGGCAAGUACUUACCAGGGAAAACAUACUCGGGGAAAGCAGAGACUGCCUUCGUUAAAACACCUUUAUUUGGCGACCCAGGUGGGACACUACGACACAAGAGGAAGGGAAGCCAGGAAAUUCUCUGGAUAAACCCAUUACCAAUGCUCAAUUGCCGGCAAAUACCAG